GAGGUUUCAGCAGCCGCGCCGCAGCCAAAAGUCGCGGAAAAAGUCGAACCAGCUAAUCCGGAGCUGGCAGAGGAGAUUAGACGCUGCUAUUCGAAUUUGGACCUAUCCUUCGAAAAUACACAAGAGGCUUUCAAACUGUCCGUGAGGUCUUUACAAAUACUUGCUUUCUUGAGUUUCCCUCCAGACCAGCGAAUCCUCACAGCCUUAUUUGGAGGCAGCCGUCGUGCCAUUCCACUGUGCACGAAAGGGGAAUGCACACUGAAGAGGGUGAAGACUCUUGAAGAAACGAAGGGUGGCGCUUCCGCAGCAGAAGCGUCUUACCAACAGCGUGAUAUGCUGUCGAAACCAACUCCAGCUCCAGCUGGCUCCCACCGACUACCCUGGCAUAUGAAACAGCCACCCCCGCAUUUGCUAGCAAAUCAAACAGCCGAUAUUAUUCGAGCACUUCUGGUUCUUCGAAUAUGCGGUAUUGAACCCAUGGUGAAGCACAAUCAGAGAAUUCUGUCUGUUCUCCGAGCGACCCUUGGACAGUCAUUGUUUAAGAAGCUGUUGAAAAGCACAUUCUUUGGUCAUUUUGUCGCAGGAGAAAGUCGCGAAGAGUCUUUUGAUAUUUAUCUCUUCAUUAUUUUCCGA